GAUCUAUAUAAAUGACUGGAUUGCGCAUAGAACGCUUGACGUAACCGAGUGAGGUGAAGCCAGCACAGAGUUCGAGCCGCCAUCUUGGUAUACCCAACCGGCAGAGAGCGCCAUUGACUUCCAUUCAAAAUCAUGAUCAAAAUGUACCCCCUUUACAGCGUAUCAGUUACACAAGGUUAAUUUUUAGGAUAUGUGUACGUUAAUUAUUUGUUUAUUCUGGUGUUAUUUGCAAUGUUUAUGUUUUAAUCGGGCAGGAUAAUGGAUUUAUAAAAAACCGUUAAGGUGAGUGUGACUGUUGCAUUUGUUAAUGACACGGGUAUAAAUAAAGUUUUGUUUGACAUUCAGCUACACUGUGACGGUCAGCGUUAUUUCUCUAAAUAAGUUUAGGUAACAUGUAAGUUUAGAUAACAUAAUUACAAAACUAGCAAAUUAUUGCAUGCACAUACGGUACAAAGCAUGAUUAUUUAUUUAGAUUUCAGAAUGAGCACGUUUAUUGUCACUAAAUAUGCUGCGGUCUGUCUGCUGAUCUGAUACUGUAAUAAAGAUGAAUGUAUAAUAACUGUUUAAAACAAAUUGUACAACUUUCAGUAAAUAACUAUUUACAUGCUUUGGACGUUUGUGUUGUAAUAAUGUACAGGGUAACUUCACAUAUAAAAACGAAGACGAGUAAAGUGAUGUUUUAUCAUUAAAAUCUGAUAACGUCCAUUGAUUUAAUAGAACGUUUGGGUAUACCAACAUGGCGGCGCGGUGGCUUCACAAGUGUGACGUCAUGCGCAAUCCAGUCAUUUAUAUAGAUCAGUGGGACACACCCAUUCCAUCCAGCCCUUGAAACCACGCCCAUGACUCCGCCUACGGACUCGACCACGCCCGCACCAGCCCUCUUUUAGUUGAGUUCAACAGUUAGUCAGACUCAUGCACACAUGAGACAUCUUCAGACAGACACGUUGGAUUUUAUAUCUUCCUGGUUAUAUUUGACACUAAAGUAAGAUGUCUUCAAACUCAAACCUGAGCAGCAUGAGACGAACUGUUGAACAGCUGAGACUGGAAGCCAGCGUGGAGAGAAUCAAAAUUUCUCAGGCCGCGGCUGAUCUACAGCAAUACUGUCUCCAGAAUGCCAGUAAAGAUGCAUUAUUGGUGGGAGUACCAGCGGGCAGUAAUCCAUUUAGAGAACCACGGUCAUGUGCUCUCCUCUAGACUGAAGUCCUGCAUCCGGCUGGCCAUUUGGAAAAAAGCAGGACUGUUCAGAGUCUUGUAUCAUCAACAGGAAGUUAAGUAUACAGAAGAAUGGAGUUAGUAUACAGGAAGUCUUGGGGGUUUGGUAUGUGAUACCUCCAAGAGAUUACACUGUAUGCAUUUCCUAUUGUGUGUGAUGUAAUACAUUUUGCAACCUCAGAUAGAUGGUGUUGUUUUAAAGAACUUUGUGUUAAAACAAAGUAUUGUACAAAGUAAUAAAAAGUCAUGGCGGGUGGUAUUACUGUAGCCAGCAGACAUUAAGAUUCAGGAAACGUCUGUCAUACUUCUGCUGUUGACCACUGUGAGUCUGGGUUUUUCUUCAUAGAAGACAGACUUUGCUAUACUUAGCUUUGCAUGAGAUGAAACAUGUCAGAUUUUCAAUUGAUUAUAGCACUGGCC